CUAUUCUACUCUUAGGUAAGCAUCGUUUUCUGUCGUUUGGUACCAUGCCGGAUCCCGCGAAGUCAGCGCCCGCCCCGAAGAAGGGCUCCAAGAAGGCCGUGACCAAGGCGCAGAAGAAGGACGGCAAGAAGCGCAAGCGCAGCCGCAAGGAGAGCUACUCGGUGUACGUGUACAAGGUGUUGAAGCAGGUGCACCCCGACACGGGCAUCUCGUCCAAGGCCAUGGGCAUCAUGAACUCGUUCGUCAACGACAUCUUCGAGCGCAUCGCGGGCGAGGCGUCGCGCCUGGCACACUACAACAAGCGCUCGACCAUCACGUCCCGGGAGAUCCAGACGGCCGUGCGCCUGCUGCUGCCCGGGGAGCUGGCCAAGCACGCCGUGUCCGAGGGCACCAAGGCCGUCACCAAGUACACCAGUUCCAAGUGAGUGCGCGCAGCGCUCUGAACCCAAAGGCUCUUUUCAGAGCCACUUAAGAUUUCAUUUAAAAAGUGUUGUAAUGAUUCUGUUACUUGAGACUUUCCCUGUAACCCCAGCUGGCUUGGAAGUAUAGACUAGGGUAUCUUGAGCUCAAUCUCCUAUUUCUGGUGUGUUGGGAUUUAGUGACCAUCACCACGCCUGGAUGGAAAAAUCUUUGCUCUCAAAUAUUUGCUGUGUUUCUCUAGUCUCUUGCCCAUCUAGCCCCAGGCCAUCCUUUACUACAAUACUUACCACCUCUUAAUCACUUUUGAGCAUUCUGGCUGAGCAGGGAAGAAAUAUGGCUGCUAUUGGCGCCAGGGAAAUUUCAGGGUUGUGCCUUGGGCAUGGCACAUUGUAUACCUUGGCGUGCAGAGUACCGGGAGUUGGGAUUCAUGUAAAGUGACGGGAGCGCAGGGUGGCACGCAUCUCUUAGUCUUCGGCUCGCACGUGAAGGUGCAGGAGCAGUUUAUUUGGGUGUGGGUGCAAGUGUAUCUGCAGCGGUGUAAAAAAGUAUACAGCAGCCUACACAGAGAAAAAGAAGUUGGUGUAUGAGACAAUAUGUUACUUAAGAUACAAACACUAAUUUUAUGUUCUAUGUAGAUACAAAAUCAUAAUGAAAAUUUAUAACUGCUGUGAUUAAAAACUUUAGGUUAAGGUUAUAAACUGUUGUGAACAGCAUAAAUGUUUUUCAAUUUCAAUCCAGUCAAAUAGCUGUAUAGUAUGGCCUCUAUCAGAAAUAUGAAAAAUUUCCAUUUCCAAUAUACAACUAAAAUGCAGCAGAGAGUCAUCCACAUAACACACAAGAAAUACAAUCUGGAGUGAAAAGUAGUAGCUCUAUGUGACUUUUAUGUUUUCCCUACUCCAUCUCUCUGCCCCCCCAGCCCCCUAAAUACAGGGCCUAGAGUAGCCAAAAUUGACCUUGAACUCCAGAACCUCUUUCCUCUACCUCCCAAUCCCUGGGACUACAGGUACCACUAUUCGAGGCUCAAAUUUUGUUUUCUGUAUUUUUAGAAUUAAACAUCUGAAGUCUAUAUAAGGUUUAGGGAAGCACAGGAACUUCGUGAAUUUUAUCUGAACCUAUGCCCUACUUCAUUCCACCUUUCCUGAGUAGGAAUCAGCUCCCAGGCAGGUACAGCCACUCCAUUAGGAUCCUGCCCACUUUACAACUCCUGGAUUCAUUGGCAGGUUGUCUGUGGGAGAGAGAAUUAGAAUAGAGAUUUACAGGGCUCGAGAAAUGGCUCAGCAGUUAGGAGCACUCACUGUUCUUGCAGAGGGCCUGGGUUCGAUUCCCCGUACCCACAUGGUGGCUAACAAUUGUCCAUAACUCCAGUUCCAGGGGAAUCUAAUGCCCUAUUCUGACUGCCACAGGUAUACUGUAUCACAAGUUUACAUGGAGACAUUAUAUUCACACAUAUUUUAAAAAAAUAGAGAAUCACUCACUUUGAAACUGAAGAGAAGAGAUCCUCUGCCCAGAAAGGGUUGUUAAGAACUGAAACCAAUUUUCUUUAUCAUUUGUAUUAUUUUAUGUGUAUGAAUGUCCUGCAUCAUGCAUGUAGGUACACAUGCAUGCAAUGCCCGCAGAGGCCAGAAGAGGGUAUCCCCCAGA